CAGGACAGAUUCACUGUGCUGUCGGGAGUGGGUGUAGGAGUGGAGUCCAGGGGCUCAUAGAGGGAUUGGCAGAGGCAGACGCAGGAGCCUUCAGGGUAGGAGAGGCGCUGCACGGCUGGAGCCAGAAUGUCCACCAAAGGCAAAAAUCCAGAACCGGAGCAGGGGGCGGACCCUUUCGAGGAAAAGCUGCGGAGGCUGAAGGAGUCCUUCCACACAGGGAAGACAAAGCUGGCCAGAUUCAGGGCUGAACAGCUGCAGAGCUUGGGCCGCUUCCUACAGGACAAUACCAAACAGCUGCAUGACGCCCUAGCUGGGGACCUGAGCAAGUCAGCCUUCGAGUCAGACAUAAGUGAGAUCAUCCUGUGCCAGAAUGAGGUGGACCUGGCCCUCAAGAACCUGCAGACUUGGAUGAAGGACGAGACUGUGUCCACCAACUUGCUCACCAAGAUGAGCUCAGCCUUCAUCCGGAAGGAGCCCUUCGGCCUGGUGCUCAUUAUCGCGCCCUGGAAUUACCCUUUGAAUUUGAUGAUCACUCCCCUAGUGGGGGCCAUCGCAGCAGGGAACUGCAUGGUGCUGAAGCCCUCAGAAAUAAGCAAGAACACAGAGAAGGUGCUGGCGGAGCUGCUGCCCCAGUAUCUGGACCAGAGCUGCUUUGCUGUGAUGCUGGGUGGGCCUGAGGAGACCGGGCAGCUGCUGAAACACAAAUUUGACUAUAUCUUCUUCACAGGGAGCCCUCGGGUGGGGAAGAUUGUCAUGGCUGCUGCUGCCAAACACCUGACGCCUGUCACCCUGGAGCUGGGGGGCAAGAACCCCUGCUAUGUGGAUGACAACUGCGACCCCCAGACCGUGGCCAACCGUGUGGCCUGGUUCCGCUACUUCAACGCUGGCCAGACCUGUGUGGCCCCCGAUUAUGUCCUGUGUAGCCAGGAGAUGCAGGAGAGGCUGGUGCCUGCCCUGCAGAAUGCCAUCACGCGUUUCUAUGGAGACAACCCGCAGACCUCCCCCAACCUGGGCAGAAUCAUCAACCAGAAACAUUUCAAGCGUCUGCAGGGAUUGCUGGGCUGUGGCCGCGUGGCCGUGGGUGGCCAGAGCGAUGAGGGGGAGCGCUACAUUGCACCCACCGUGCUGGUAGAUGUGCAGGAGACAGAGCCUGUGAUGCAGGAGGAGAUCUUUGGGCCCAUCCUGCCCCUGGUGACUGUGAGGAGCCUGGAUGAGGCCAUUGAGUUCAUUAACAAGCGGGAGACGCCGCUGGCUUUGUAUGCCUUCUCCAACUGCAGCCAGGUGGUGAACCAGAUGUUGGAACGCACCAGCAGUGGUGGCUUUGGAGGCAAUGAUGGCUUCCUCUACCUGACCCUACCAGCCUUGCCCCUGGGGGGAGUGGGCAACAGCGGGAUGGGCAGGUACCAUGGCAAGUUCACCUUUGACACCUUUUCCCACCAGCGUGCCUGCCUGCUGAGUAGCCCUGGGAUGGAAAAGCUUAAUGACCUCCGCUACCCACCUUAUGGUCCCUGGAACCAGCAACUGAUAAGCUGGGCCCUGGGCUCCCAGAGCUGCACCAUCCUGUGAACACCACCCCAACUCCUCCCUUCUGCUGCCCCGCCCAGAACUACCUGAACUUUCAGCUGCCCCCAAGUCCCUAGUGGUGUCCAGCCCAGCCUAUGAACACCUCACUUCUGGAACUUUUUCUGAACAGACCU